AUGGCUGGAGCUAUACUCAUUGCCAUUGCGAAGAUUAAUUCCAUUAUAGGAGAUGAUGCCGCCAACGCAACAAUAAAUAAGCUGUCUGAAAAAGUUCAAGCUCUGAAGGAACUCCCAUGGAAAGUGGAUCGAAUAAGGAUGAAACUGACAAUCAUGGGCAAAAUUAUACAGCAGAUUGGCACAGUCUACCUUACAGAUGAGCUUGUCAAGAAGUUGGAUUGGGGAGUGGAGAUAGAAGGGCAGAUUCAGCAAGUUAUUCAGUUGAAGGAUCAGUGGUUGCAGCCAUCCCAGCUUGUCCCUCACCAUGACCAACUCGCUGAGAUCGAAAGACAGCGUUCCCAAGACAGCUUCCCAGAAUUUGUCAAAGAUGAAGAUCUAGUAGGAAUUGAAGAAAAUAGAAAACUGCUGACUGGAUGGAUUUACUCAGAAGAGCAGGCUAGCACAGUGAUAACAGUUUCUGGUAUGGGUGGACUGGGAAAAUCUACACUGGUUACAAAUAUUUAUGAACGUGAAAAGGUCAACUUCCCGGUACAUGCUUGGAUCGUUGUCACAGAUCUACACAGUCGAGUCUCUGCUGAGAAAGCUACUCUGGAAGAUUGGGCAUAUGGAACCACCAGUGCCAAGAGAUAUAUUGACAAAAUGGAUGUACAUGACUUGAAGGAAGAAAUAAAGAGAAAACUCCAAAAUAGAAAAUGCUUGAUUGUACUGGAUGAUGUUUGGGAGCAAGAAGUAUACUUCAAAAUACAUGAUGUUUUCCAGACGCUCCAAGAAAGCCACAUCAUCAUUACAACACGAAAGGACCAUGUUGGUGCUAUUGCUUCCUUUGGCCACCAUCUUGAGCUCCAACCGUUGUGUGGGCCUGAUGCAUUUGAACUUUUCUGUAGAAGGGCUUUCCACAGCAAGAAGGACCACAAAUGCCCCGAGGAGCUUCAGGAAAUUGCUGGUGAAAUAGUGAAAAGGUGUCAUGCAUGGCCUGCCGCUAGCAGUUGUUACAAUCGGCAGCUUGUUGUCAUCAAGACCACAAAUAAACAUUUGGAAUCAAACAUACAACCAGCUUCGGACUUGUUUCCUGAAGACUACCCCAUGUCACGCGAAACCCUUGUGCGGCUUUGGGUAGCAGAAGGUUUUGUUCUGUGCAAAGAAAAUUAUACACUAGAGGGGGUGGCUGAGGGAAAGCUCAUGGAACUGAUCAACCGUAAUAUGCUUGAAGUUGUGGACUAUGAUGAGCUCCGCAGGGUUAGCACUUGCAAGAUGCACCAUAUCAUGCGGGACCUGGCACUUUGUGUUGCCAAAGAAGAGAAGUUUGGUUCCGCAAACGAUUAUGGUGAACUGGUACAAGUGGACAAGAAUGUUCGUCGCUUGUCGUUAUGCGGGUGGAAUGUUAAUGUGGCACCUAAGGUUAAAUUUCCUUAUCUUCGAACCAUUGUGGCUCAGGGAAUAAUUUCAUCCUCCCCUGACAUGGUAUCCUCAAUUAUGUCUGAAUCAAACUAUUUGACUGUUCUUGAGCUGCGUGAUUCUGAGAUCACCGAGGUGCCAGCAUUUAUAGGAAACCUCUUUCACCUUCAGUAUAUUGGGGUAAGGCGCACCAAAGUCAAGUCAUUCCCAGAGUCCAUUGAGAAGCUCUUGAACCUCCACACUCUGGAUAUCAAGCAAACUCAAAUAGAGAAGCUACCACGAGGUAUUGUUAAGGUCAAGAAGCUAAGGCAACUUUUGGCUGACAGACUUGCAGAUGACGAGCAGUCAGAGUUCAGAUAUUUGGUUGGAGUGGAAGCACCUAAAGGACUGUUGAACCUGCAAGAACUACAGACUCUUGAGACAGUGCAAGCGAACAAAGACUUGGCUGAACAACUGAAGAAACUGAUGCAACUCAGAAGCAUAUGGAUCGACAAUGUAAGUGCUGCAGAUUGUGCUAAUCUUUUUGCCACCCUUUCAGCGAUGCCGUUUCUUUCCAGCGUCCUAAUCUGUGCAGGAGAUGUGAAUGAGACACUUUGCUUCCAAGCCCUUGUACUGAUUUUCCCCACGCUCCACAGACUAAUUGUAAGGGGGCGCUGGGCUAAUGAGACACUGGAGUAUCCAAUAUUUCGCAACCAUGGGAAACAUCUAAAAUAUUUAGCGCUUAGCUGGUGUCAGCUUGGUGAAGAUCCAUUAGGGUUCCUUGCUCCACACGUGCCAAACCUCACUUAUUUGAGCUUUAACAGGGUGAAGAGUGCAAGCACUUUGGUUCUUUCUGCAGGGUGCUUUCCUCAUCUGAAAACACUCGUCCUGAAGAAAAUGCCUGACGUUAAGCAGCUGGAGAUUGGACAUGGUGCUCUUCCAUGCAUCGAAGGUCUCUACAUCAUGUCACUAGGGCAGCUGGAUAAGGUCCCUCAAGGCAUCGAGUUGCUUCUCUCCCUCAAGAAGCUUUGGCUUCUAUACCUGCACAGAGAGUUUAGAACACAGUGGCUAACGAAUGAGAUGUACUGGAAGAUGCGGCAUGUUCCAGAGUUUCGCGUCUAG